AUGGCGGAGAUCCCAAUGCAAGAAAUGUCUCACAUGGCUGCCUAUGAGCAGUACCCUUACGCAGUAGAGCCUCAAGACCACUAUGGCAUGCAUUACACCCACACUGGACAAAUGGAUGCCGAUUAUAUUAUGGAAAGUGAGGUUGUCAGCCCUAGGGGUGAACAGCACACACCUAUGGUUGGAUUUUUCAGCUCAAAACUAUUGAGAUCAGGAUUAACCUUCCAGUGCAGUGCGCUUACGCUCAUGUUCAUCUUCUACUGGGCAUUUGGUGGAAACGGUGUAUUCGUCUUUGACCUUUAUGCCGCACCAGAAAGCGUGAAGAUCUCAAGGCCGUUCCACCUUACUGUAUCCUCACUUCAGGCUCUAUACUUGCUAGGAACCUUCUAUGUCGCAAUGUUCCAAGUUUUCGUAUCAGACAACUCAAAGGCUGUACGCGGAUUCAGGGCCGGUUCCAAAAUUCUCAGUGCGGCUGUCACCCUUGACCUCAUUUCUUCUAUGCUCAGACUCGUUCAGUACAUCUACGCUUACUUCUACAUGAGCAUGAAAUGGUGGACUCGUUACCAACAAACCAAGGCCGACUGGAUCUUCUUCCAAUUCGGCAGCUUCACCAACAGCUUUGCCUUGGUUAUGUACGGUGCCGCCUUUUUCUACCUUGAAGCCUACCAUGACGAGGGUACAUCUGAAGAUGUUGCGUGGACCAACCUAGUACUUUUCUGCCUAGCAGGUCUUACAGAGUUGCUUAUGGUCUUCACCGGUUACGGGGCAUUGUUCAGUCUCUUCCUUUUGGCGGCUAUCUUGAGUGCUACUGUCUGGAGCUUCAGCUUCGAGCCUCUUUUGGAGAAAUGGUCCCCUUCUCUACACUCGCGUGACGUUAAUGCUGAUUUCGCGGAGGACGUUUAUGAACAGGGCUACCAACAAGCCUCCUACAUCCAGGAGCAACCAGAGUAUGCUCACAUUCCCACUCAAAUGGACGGAAACGUAUACUACCAGCAAGAGUGA